AGUAUAUAUAGGUAUCACAUUGAAUCCGAAGAGCAUCAGUAUCGUUUAGAAUUCACACAUUUCAACACACCUGGUCAAAAACUUGUUAUUAUGGCUUUCAAGCUGCUGAUAGUCGCCGCCGCCGUCAUCGUGGCAAAUUCUACCCCACUACCAGAUCAACCAGGAAACAUACUGGAUCCGGAUCAGCAUUUGGAGCCAAAAUACUCAUACGCGUACACCGUACAGGAUGAGCGAACCGGAGAUCACAAAAGUCAGCACGAGAGUCGCCAGGGAGACCGUGUCCAGGGUCAGUACCGGCUGCGGGAAUCCGAUGGAACUGAGCGUAUUGUGGACUACACUGCCAACGAUAAGGACGGCUUCCGAGCGGUAGUUCGGCAUGAACCCGAGCGACACCAACAUCCGGUUCAAACGGUUCAGUACGUUCAGUUUGUUCCUAAGUUUGAUCGCGUCGAGCGUGACAUGGCUGCCGGUUCAAAUUCCCAUCUGGUUUACGUGCAUCCAUGGGCGUACCUGAAUAGUGUUCGCCAUAAUUGAGUGAAAUGUUCUAUUGCUGAAUAUACCUAAUAAAAGCCACAUUGAUCACGGUCAGGUGUAAUGCGAAAAAGUUACAGAAACCAAAGACGUCCGUUCUUUUUCAGAGAACAAAAGAAUAGAGACAAGAGUUAUGAAUAAGGACAUUUCACUUGUAUCGUUUAUUAAUAAGGAUAAACAAAUACCACCGGUCAAA